UUUAAUUCAUUUCUUAAUUUAUUUUUAGUUGAUUCUUGAAACAGAUUCCCUUAGAUGAAAGACUCUUAUGUCUUGCAAACCUUUGCGAGGAUCGGAAGCAUACCAAUGCGCAUUUGUCGAGACGAACUGCGCACAGCUGGCGACGGGACAUUGGAGAGUCAGCUUUGUGUUGCUGUGCUGCAGCUUCCAGGAGUGCGAGAACGAUAUCCCAACCUCGAGCGGCCGGUGGCGUCCAUAAGGUUUAGUGACUGCCUGCGCUAUGCAUUUGUGGAGGCAGCCACUGAGUUGAUCGCCAGCUCAAUGGUGGCAGCAAAACAGCUGACACUGGAGAAUGGCCUUGACAUCGGCACUGGUUGGCCCGCAAGCCUCCUGGACGCGGAAAAGCGAGCACCUCCACCAUUGGCCGCUGACGGCAGCAUCUCCAAGCCUGGGGAGGAAGUCACGAAGCCAGAACUUCCUUCAGUAUGGGAAGAUGACUUCUUGGAGAGGAUGGAUUGCGAGAUUUUUAUGGGCGGUGUCUCGGGGCUUCAGGUUGAGGACCUUUGGCAAAAGUUGACGGCUGUGCUGACUGCUUUACCCUCCUACGCCGCGCACUUCGGAGACGUGUCCAUUCCGAUCGUCAACAUUCGCAAGAAUGCCGGGGGCCUCUUCGCAUUUGCUCGCUUGGCAGAUCCCAGGUUGGCAAGCACUGCAGUUGCGCUGGGCGAGAUGUGGGUCAACGGAAAGAAGGUAGUGUUCAAGAGACCUACAAACUGCAUGAUCUCACACACGUCAGCUCCGCCCCUGGAUUUGACACCUUCCCUUCUGCCUCCUCCACCUCCACCAGCAGUGGACCCUGAGGUACCAAAGGAAGUUGAAAUUCCGCCAACUCCACCAACAGCACCAAUUGCUCACACUCUUUGGGUUGGAAACCUUCCAAGUCGACGAGUGCUUUUGUCAAGCCUCGAGGACGAGGAGGCAAAUGAGAAGGUGAACCGUCAGGAGCUUCUCAGGCGACGCCUGGACCACCGGUUGAACGAAUUGGCCAUGUCUAUGCCCGGCUAUGACUUCGAAGAUGGACCGCCGCUCUGCGACCAUCGGCUCUCAGUGCAUCACUCUGGCCAUUUUGCCUUUCUCGAGAUCAUUGCCUCUCAGGAGCGGGUGGAACAGCUCCUGGAGGCCUUCGAUGGAAAGGAUUUCAUGGGUCAACCUCUGGAGGUGAAUUGGUCACGCAAGCAGCAGGCCAACCCGUGGCGGAUCCGUAACCGUGUCAUACCAAUCCGAGUGCCCAAAGGCCUUUUGCAGCUUCUCCCAGACCUGUCAAGCAACGGGAAUCGAGCUGACGAACUGCCUAAAGGUUCAAGGAGUGAAGUCGAAGCAGACGAUAUUUGACAUUUCGUCUGAGUGCUGAUCCAUCAGCUAAGACGCCGCGGCCAGGGGUCCGUCGGAGC